AUGCCUUCUCUCAGAACCCUGCUCGUGGCCGGGCUGGCCGCCAUGACCGCCGCCGCCGCACCCGGCCGAGCCGCCGCCGCCGCCCUCGACGACAAGCCGUCGCUGGCCCCGCGAAGCCCGUACGACGCCGACGCAAGCGGCAGCGGCAGCGGCAGCGGCAGCACCGUCGUCGCCAGAGACGAGCCCGGGCACACGCCCCUGACGCCAAAGUACUUCCACGAGCCCGGCGGCAGCCUGUCGCGCGGCCACUACGACCAGCGCUACUUCCAGCGCGAGGUCGAGUAUGCCGAGCACCGCGUCGUCCUGCGCGACCUCGUCCGCAGCUACCUCGCCACCAUGCACGCCCACGGCGUCGAGACGUGGCUCGCCCACGGCACCCUGCUCGGCUGGUGGUGGAACGGCCGCGUCAUGCCGUGGGACUACGACCUCGACGUCCAGGUCUCCAACGACACCCUGCAGUGGCUGGCCGACCACCUCAACCGCACCGAGCACCCCUAUCGCGCCGACGCCCACGCCCCGGCCAAGACGUAUCUGCUCGACGUCAACCCGCACCACGUCGACGUCACCCGCGGCGACGGCAUGAACAUCAUCGACGCCCGCUGGAUCGACAUGGCAAACGGCAUGUUCAUCGACAUCACCGGCCUCCGCGAGCGCGACCCCGCCCUCCCCGGCUACUGGAGCUGCAAGAACGCCCACCGCUAUGCCAGCCAGGACCUGUGGCCCAUGCGCCUCACCGACUUCGAGGGCGCCCGCGCCCGCAUCCCCUACAGCUUCGAGAAGAUCCUGUCGGUCGAGUACGGGCCAAAGAGCCUCGUCACCGAGGAGCACGCCGGCCACCGCUGGGACCGCGCCACCAAGGAAUGGGUCAUCAUGACCCCCGAGGAGAAGGAGAAGCGCCAGAGCGAGGCGAGGGAGCGCAAAAGGCUGCAGAUGGUUCGCGACGGCCGCCUGCCCGCUCCCUGA